UCCAGAAACAGUUAAAAGUAAAGAGAAUCUUGAUGAAAAGGUAUCAAUGAACACAAGCCAAAGCGAUUCAAAUAUUGACGUACAAAUUAAGAAGUUUCAACAUAACUAUAAACAGUCAGCCUAUAGUUACGUAAGCAAAAUAGACAAAAUGAGUAAAAGGCAAAUGAAACCAAGUGACUCAAGAAACAUCCAAACUUAUUUUGAAAAUAUUCCUGAUCUAUCAAAGCAACGUGUAUUUGCCAUUAAUGUGCCUGAUCAACAGUUCAUACCGAAAAAUGUUUUUGUAAAUAAAGAAAACUAUGUUUUGGAUAUGCAAAAUAUAAAAGCGAGAUCUCGACGUUCCGCUUCGUCCGAAACCGCUUCUUAUUCCAGCUCCGACGAAGUUAAUGGAAGGAAUAUAAGACGUAUAAGAAGCUCUUCAGGAACCGAAUUGUCUAGGAAUCAACAAUGUAUCCCGAACAUGCGUCUUCCUAGGUAUCAAUUCAGACCUUACGGAUUUUGGCGUCCACAAAACAGCAUAAACUUUUACCAAUUAAUGUUUUUCCAAACACGUUUUCAAUAUAAUCAGAGGCCACCACCUUUCUCAAGAUCUUAUGAAUUCAGCCCUAACGCCAGUGAUGCAAGAAAACGGUUAAGAAUUUGUAACAUAGCACACUUCCAAGCUAUAAGAAAUGCCGCGGUUCGACUCAAACAAAGUCUCAUAUCUGGUGUCACGGACAUGCGCAAACUUGAAGAGCUACACAAUAUUUUACACUCGUAUAACACAAGGUAUAAAACAAGAUUACGAUUAAGUGAAAAUUUUGAUGUAAUCAACGAAGAGAAAAUUAUUGAAACAAUAGAAUUGGAUGAUGAUGAAGAAUCAAGAAGUAAAAGGCCUAGAUUAGAAGAUGGUGAUGAUAAAUUUGAUGAGAAUCUGUAUAGACUGAAACAGUUGGCUUUGAGACUGAGAGAACUGGAAUCCAAAGACAAAGCAACAGCUUCUCACAGAAGAGCAUUCUCCAAGGCAAUCAAGACAUUCAAUCAGUCUUACAAAGCGGAUAUUUAUUUAGACACUAAUAAUUAUGAAGUCAUUGAUAGAAAAUGUAUUACACUGGAUUCUAGUUCUGAAUCUGACUGUGUAGUUGAAGAAGCACCUGCACCAAAGAGGAAAAAGUUAAGAAAUCCGUUCAAUAUUUUAAAACGACGUUCUGAGAAGUUAUCAGCUCUUAAUGGCCCAAGCACGAGUCAGGCCGUUGUGUCAGAAGUCAGUAAAGCGGAGUCUAACGUAGGAGAAAACAAAAAAGUUGACAAUAACAAAUAUAGUGAUCAUUUACUAAAAACGUUUAAAGAAGAAUGGCUGCCAAAAGAAGAUGAUUUUGGUAGAGCUGAAAUUGUUUCUAAACUCGAUAUGAAUACGCGCCUUUUAGUCAAUAGCAAAGAGCAAUAUUUACAGGAAUUUAUGAAAGACCAACUUCAACAAUAUUCUAACUGGUUAGAAGCUAAAAUAUCCUUUUUUAAGUAUUUAGAAGAAACUAAUAAUCAAAUGAAUAGUGAGCGAGAACGGCUACUAGCUGACAUAGAUGUAAAUACGGGUUUGAAACCUUUAAUAGAUUUUGAGGACAGUUCAGAUAUGUCGAAAGCACUAGAAAAGCUAAGAAUUAUAAGAAAUAAUCAAGGAACAGAUAAUCAAACUAGUCUUAAAAUAGAUUUCGAUGUAUACAAUAGAGAUGUACAGAAUUAUAGGAAAAGAAAACCACCAAAGCCGCAUUUCAGAAUCGUUUGUAUUGACGAAUCAGCAGGAGUUCCAUCAGCGUCGCAUGUAAUUGCACUGCAUUCAAAAUACAAUGACGAGGUACCAAUCGUAUUUGCAGUAGUUGGCCUAGGAUCCGUCUCCUAUAUACAACUCAAUCCAAUAGACUUGCCCAUAUAUGUUCCCAACAAUGAUUUAGUAUAAGCUGUAUAUUUUG